CAUUUCACAGUGAGCAGACGGCACUAUGCAACGGAAUCGAAUAGAGAGGUCUGCUUCAAAACGAUGGCGUGGCUCAGUGAGAAGAAUUAUAGCGUCUUCAGUGUAUAAUCUGUCAUGCUUCACGCAUGGCUGCAGCACGGGCUGGGUGUCUGGGGUUCUGGGGAACGAGGCCCUGACAGGCGGUGCCUGGCUUGCAGCUCUACCCUGCCUGGUGGCUCUGCCUGCUGCACCGAUGUUCGCAGUACUAGCUGAUGUGAAGGGAAGAAAGGCUGGCGCGUUUUUUAUAGGACUUAGUUUUAUUUUCAGCUGGUCUUUAGCAGCGUGGUGUGGAGCCAGAGGUGUUUGGGCGGCUAGGGUCGCUGCUGGGGCGGGCGGCGCGGGUGCGUUGGCCCUCGCCCCACUGUAUUGUGCUGAAAUUGCCCCCAGAACUAGAGGGCUUGCAGCUAUGCCAGCUUUAGCUUGCAGCUGCGGCAUUCUCUUCGCCUACUCCGCGGGCGGUCUUCUUUCUGCGCACGCGCUGUCUUUGUCAAUGGCUAUUGCACCCGCACUUCUGCUCAUAUCUUUACUAUGGCUGCCUGAAACACCUUCUUUUCUUAUUAAUGUUGGGAAAAUUCAGGAGGCGGCUAAAGUGAUGUGCUGGUUUGAUGGUUCAGACUUCAGAGAAGACUUGACAGAUGUUAUUGAGCAGCAGGAAGUAAGGAUACGAACGUCGGAUUAUGCACGACGGGAAAUGUCAUAUGAGUCUGAGACUUCACAACCAAUGUUAAAGAAGAGUCAAGAAUCUGAUAAGAGAACUGAGGGGGAGAAGUCAGCUUGUAAGGAGUUGUUCUCACAUCGUCGUUCGCGUCGUGCACUUAUAUCUUGCUUCGUGGUAAUCGGCGCGGCUGCCGGCACCGGUGCAGGCGCCUUCAACAGUUUUGCGGCUGCUGUGUUGCGACAUUCUGCUCAUGAAAUACCAGUACUAAAUACAACUGCUUAUAAUUUCUCCAUUUAUAACGGGACAUUGCCACGAAAACUGUUCGAGUCAUCUGAAGCUGGGUCAAUGUUGUGCGGCACAGCGUUGGUACUGGGUGCAGCCGUUGCUACAGUGACUGUUGAUAAAGUCGGACGAAAGACUCUCCUCUUAUGGUCGUGUUCCGGCAUCGCUUUCUGUUUAGCCGUUUUAGGGGUGUACUGUGAUCCACAUCUACAAGUGAACACGUUCUAUAAACAUCGUUUCCUAACCAAAAAGUUCACCAGAGAUAAAAGUAUCAGAGACAAGAUAGAAUUGCCAGAAAAUUUGACAAUUUACAACGAUUCACUCAAAUAUGGGAACGACACAAAAGCAUGGUACAGAGUAGCAGAGAACUAUAACGAGACAGAGGAGCAGUGGUCUGUCAAAUUUGAACAAACCAUAGAGAAGGAUGAUAUAUCAAUAUGGCUGCCGGUUGUCAUGUUGUCUUUGGUACUGUUUUUAUAUAAUAUAGGCCUUGGAUCAGUGCCUUAUGUAUUGAUAUCAGAGUUGUUUUAUGUAAACGUUCGAAGCUUAGCGUCCAGUUUCCUCAUAACCUGGAUGUGGCUGAGCAACUUCUUCGUGCUACGCUAUUACGGAACUAUAGCCUUCUCUAUUGGCCUCCACGCCACAUACUAUAUAUGCUCCUCUAUCACUCUUAUAGGGGCUGGAUAUAUCUAUUUCAUUCUUCCUGAGACGAAGGGCAAAUCUCAGAGUCAAAUCGACGCGUCACUUGACGGACCCUGGCUUUUGACGUUUGAGAGGAAGAAUCAACGAUGACAGACGGAAGUGUUCACCAUAGAGCGGAGUGAGUGAACUAAAUGUCUAUAGUUGAUAACUGAAUCAAGAAUGAAGUUUUUAAAAAGUUUUAAUUUUUGGAUUGAAUGAUCAAUAUAGAGAUUCUAAAUGGCCAACUGUAAAGUGAGUUAUCAAGUGUUAUGCUAUAUUUUGAAGGAUCAAAUCAACGAAAACUCUGGAAUGAUUACAAAAGAAUUUAAAAUAGGAGCGCCUUGUAUGUAGUACAACUAAAUUGGCUUAUUUUAAGGCGAGGAUGAUCAAAUAAAAAGACUUCAUUGCUUGAGAUAUAUAUUCUAUUCCAAAUUACUCUAAAGAGGUCUUAGAAAAAAGGUUUUAUGCUAACGUAACCUACAAUCCAGAAUAACAGUUGCUCUUGAUCAUGUGACUCAAUUAACUGGUUCUAUGAAAAGCGUUUGUCCCAAGGCUCCAUGAUUUUAAGAGAGAAGAGAAGAAAUAAGUGUUGUAAUUGCACACUAUUCAUUAAAUUAUAUUUUUACUAUUGAUAUUGUAAAUGUUUAAGAAAACAAACAAGAAUUGCCAAAACUUGGCUAUUUUAUGCUUCGAUAAACAAGUCGUUAUAAUCAGAUAUUUUCCUAAUAUCUUAAGAAAAUAAAACACCUUUACCCGUAUAUCAUGUAGAUAUAUUAAGAUUUUAUAGAUGUAUAGUAUUUUCGGAAAUAGUUCAACAUUUCUGGACAAAAACGUUGAUCUACUCAAUAAUUUAUGCCCCUGUAUAAUCUCUUGUCGCAGUGUCUGUUAGGCGUAUUUAUUAAAUAAGUGUACAUUAAAUGCUUGUUAAGGUACAGUCAAUUAUAGUGUUAAAUGUCAAUUUUGUACCUAUUCAGAAUAUUGUUCCAUAUAAACUCCCUUAUUUGUAAAAAGUUAUUUUUCAUAAUUAUACUUGUUUUGGCGCGUUAGGGAAAAAUUAUGAGAGUAAACUUUACGAUGCGCGCGCACACCGUCGCGAAAACCGACAACCUGAAGUUAGUUAGUUAGAAGUAUAUUCAUCAUUUUUUGAAGUUAUACUUCUUAAAAAUAUAAUCAAUCAAACCCGAUCGAGGUUUUCUAAGAGAUGUUUAUGAAACUAAUUACUUUUUGUUUGUGUUUAAUUAAGUAACGUCUCGUAUUUUAAGGUAAUUAUAUUUUUAUAGUUAGUGUUAAAAUUAUAAUAGAUUAAGACCGAAAAAUCUGAUGAAUCCUUUAAGUUUACUUUACCAUAAUGGCCCAAAUGACUUCAAUA